AUGCGGGAGCCGGUGGCCAACCUGCGUGCGUCGUUGAUUCGCACAUCGGUGCUUAUCCCGGUACCCUUAGGUCCUACAAGAUUCGAUAAUGUCUCCAGCACAUACUCCCGGGGGAUCGAAGUUGGCGAUGGAGAAAGGCGUCGAGUCGUACAGACUCUCAACUACCUAGAGUAUCGCGUGCGAUGCGACAUGGAUCGAGAGGAGGCUCUUCCGUCGCCGGUAAAAGACUAUUCCAUCGAGGAUUCUGCCAUCGAGAUUGAAGGCUCGCAGCGGUCUCAGCUUAAACGAAUGUUUACAAUUUUCCCUUACAAAGACAUGAAUUGGAUUGUCACGAUGCUAUUCCUGGUUGGCAGUGUGUCUUUUGUUAUCAAUGCAGGAUUCGGGCUCUUUCCUACCCUCGAACCAAGCCUGGCUUUCGAGACCCUCCCAACCGUUGCUCUCCCGGCGACCAUCACAAUCGGAGCCACAAUGUUCAUGACUGCGGGCAUUCUCGGUAUCUUCGCCGCUUUUAAUGCUGACCGCGGCACCCUCGAGAAGAGCAACACCAAGUCCGUCGAUGACAGCACUCCGGCCAUUUAUCGACCUGCCCUCAUUGGCUCUGAAGCGUGGCUCUGGAUUCCAUCUGCGGCCGAUUUUACCGGCCUUCUCCGGACUGUUCCUUUUCAGGCUGGUCUGGUGAUGCUUUCUGGCGGUCUGAUCCUCUCCGUGGCCGCAGUGGCCGGCUUCCCAGGAGUUCUUAACCCCAUGGAUCUGUUUCUCACUCAAGCUCUUGUCUUCAUGCCUCAGGUUAUUGGGGGUGCCCUAUUCUUCAUUGCCAAUAUGGCUCUCGUCGUACACGUCCAGAAAGACUGGUACAAACCCAGAAUUCUUGCAGGCGAGUGGCAAGGGGCUGCUUGGAAUGCACUGGCAUCCGCUGGCUUCAUUGUGACCGGCGUGUUGCUCCUCAAUAAUCGAAUCUUUGAGAGCUCAGUUGUUGGAUUCGCGGCGAGUACUGCCUUCUUGAUAGGGAGCAUCAUCCAGUGGUACCUUCUCAUGGAGUUUCAUCCAACCAAUUGGGCAGCUUGAGGUCUUCAUAGCUUUCUAGCAGGCGGUCGUUUUGGGAACAC